CAAACUUCACGAAUUCAAUUGAACUCUUUUGGUCCUGCACUUGCUCCUUUAACACAUCCAUCCCUCUCCCAGCCUUCGAUCAAAACUCUCCCUGCAAUCUUUCCUCGAUGCAGGAAUGACGGCCGUGCCGCUGCGGGGCCACCCCAGUCGAUGCCCCAUCGUGGCAUCCAACGCGCCAAACCCUCCCCUUGCCUCCUCGCAUCUCUAAAACUUCACAUCUCCGCCGGCCGUCUCGCCGAUGCAGUCGCCGUUCUCCCCUUCCUCGCCCGGUGCGGUCUCCGCCCUCCAAUCCGCACUCUCUCAUUUCUUCUUACGCAAUGCCUUUACCCUCAUCCUUCCCUCUCUUUAGCCCGCCGUGUUCUCCACUUCCUCCAUUUCACCGCCCUCAAGCCCGUUUACCCCUCCAACACCUUUCUCUCUAACCACAUCCUUCAUCUCCACUUCCUCCUCGGCCGCUCCGACCGCGCCCAACAUCUCUUCGGCAAAAUGCCUCAGCCAAACGUUUUCUCGUGUAACACCAUGCUGGCCGGAUACGUCCGCCUCGGCUUGCUAGCUCCCGCUCUUAGCCUAUUCGAUGGAAUGCCGCAUAAGGACCUCGUGUCCUGGAACACCAUCAUCCUUGCCCUUGCUCGAAGCAACAUGGCGGCGGAAGCUGUGACAUUCUACAAGCGCCUCCGUAACUCCACCCUCGGCUUCAACGCCCAUUCUUUCUCUGCCCUACUUACUACCUGUUCUAGCUUUGGGUAUGAAGGUCUCACCUUUCAAGCCCACGGUCAGGUUUUGGUUUCUGGUUGCUCAUCAAACCUAGUGGUUUCCAGCUUGAUUGUUGAUGCUUAUGCGAAGCAUGGGAUGAUAGAGGAAUCAAGGAGGGCGUUUGAUGAAAUUCCUGUCAGAGAUGUACUUGCUUGGACUUCAAUGGUGUCCGCUUACACCAAGAGCGGGGACAUGCGUUCUGCUCGAAUGUUGUUUGAUGAGAUGCCUGACAGGAAUCUUGUAUCAUGGACAGUGCUUAUUGGAGGGUAUAUACGCAAUGGCUUAGCAUCCGAAGCUCUGAAUUUGUUCAGAUUGAUGGUUGCUGAUGGUGUUCAACCAGAUCAAUUUAUUUUCAGCAGCUGUAUUUGUGCUGCUUCUGCAAUUUCUUCAGCUAAACAUGGAAAGCAGAUACAUGCUCGCCUUUUUAGGACACAUUUUAAUCCAAAUGUGAUUGUUCUUAGCUCUCUUAUUGAUAUGUACUCCAAAUGUGGGGAUUUGGAGGGAGGAAGAAGACUUUUUUAUCAUUCAAAUAUGGACAGCAGAGAUGUUGUUAUGUGGAACACUAUCAUGUCUGCUGUAGGUCAUCAUGGUCUUGGAAAAGAAGCAAUUAACUUAUUCGAGGAAAUGAUUAGAAAUAAGAUUAAGCCUGAUGCUAAUACGUUUGUUGUUCUUCUCACCGCUUGCAGCCAUUCAGGCCUGGUGAUUGAGGGUUUGCAGUUUUUUGAGUCUAUGGUUGAGAAAUGUGGCAUUUUACCUGAAGAAAAUCUUCUUGUGUGUUUGGUGGACCUCUUGGGCAGGGCUGGUAAAUUCCAGGAAGCGAUGGAGUGGUUGGUUAAAGAGCCCUGUAAAUCUAGUUCAAGGGCGUGGAAUGUAUUGCUAGGAGCUUGUAAGAUACAUGGAAAUUUAGAGCUUGGAGAGCAAAUUGCUCGGAGGCUUUUGGACUUGGAGUCUCAGCCUUCUGGUUCUUAUGUUCUGCUAUCUAAUAUUUUCGCUGAGGAUGGGAACUGGGUGUCUGUAGAGAAUGUGAGGCAAUCCAUGGAGGAGAAGGGAAUGAGAAAAGAGUGUGCUACAAGCUGGAUAGAAGUGGAUAAUGAUAUCUUGAGGUGCUGAAUUAAUGAGUUGGAAGAUGAUUAUUUCUUCUUAUGAGUGCGUCAGAGUACUAUAAUAUUGCCAAAAAUGAGCUUUCAGGACGCUAACAGUUUUCUCGGACAUUGAUUUACUUAUGGGAUAUGAAUCAGCCUUUCAUGAGUUUCACAUUUGAUCAAUCGGGAUACUAGAGCCAUUCACCUAUUUAAUGCAACAUAUUGUUUUAGGAAAUGCUAAACUUUAUUGUAAACUAGGCGUGCCAUUUGUUAUGGGCACAACAGGAGGAGACACGGAAUUGUUGCAAAUGUUUAUACAGUAAUUUCUGCACAGAUGGAGGAUCUGGUUGUUGCAUUUUUUGCAGCCAUGGAAAUUAUGGCUGAGCAGUUUCCUGGAGCAUAUUCAGGCUAUUCAUUCCAGGUGUUGAUGGAAGCUCAUCAAGCAGGCAAACGAGACGCAUCUGGUACAGCUAAAGCUGUUAUUUCCUGCUUUCAGAAGCUGGGUGUCUCAUUUGACGUCAAUAAGGUCUGUUGCUCUUCAACGAAUUUAUCAGAAGUUUAAAUCACAUAUCUACUUGCUGUUUGG